AAAAAAAGAAGAGAAGAGCGCCAUGAAAGUUGCUCCAAAGAAGCCUCACUUCUUUAAACCUAUUUUACCAAAUUUCAAGCAUGGAAUUAAAAUUCCGGUAGCUUUCUCCAAGCAUCUGAAAGGAUGUAAUCAAGAACAUGUAGUAUUGAGAAGGGAUGGUAAGAAAUGGUUAGUGAAAGUGAACGGACGGUUAUUAGAAGAGGGUUGGGGAAAAUUUGCAAAGGAACAUGGUUUACAGUUGGGAGAUUGCUUGAUUUUCAGACAUGAAGGAAAAAUGGAGUUUGAAGUUUCCAUCUUUGGUUCAAAUCACUUUGAGAGAGAAUACGAACAGACUCCGGAAGGAGUUAAUGGAGGAAGAGAGGAAAUAGAUCAUACUUGCAAGAAACUCAUAUCACAAGCAAAAACAACAGAAAAGCCAAAGGCCAAGGUCAAGUCAUCACAUGAGAUUUUCCCCAAAGUAGAAGCUGCAGAGAACAUGCCUCUCGGUCACCCUCGUUUCAUUUAUACUGUCACACCUUAUUGCCUUUCAAGGGACCAUGUGCAACUUCUAGUACCAUUUGCGCGGGAAAACAGUCUCACGGACAGGAAAUGUACGAUAACGAUAAGGGAUGAGCAAAGGUCUUGGACAUUUACACUAUAUUCGUCUUGCGCACACACCUACAUUAAAGGCAUAUGGAGUGAAUUCUACAUCGCAAAUCGCUUAAAGGAAGGAGAUCAAAUAAUGCUUGAGAUAGUUGAAAAUGGAAUGAAUCCUGUAUUAAGAUAUUACGACGUGAGAGCAAAUGCAUCACUUCAGCUCGAAGGAAAGAAGCCUAAUUUGGAUGCUGAAAUAGUUUUAUCCCGAAGGAAAGAAGCAAAUGUACCUGCUUCAACAUCUGCUAAUGCCAAUAGCCAAUUUGUUUCUAUUAUCAAGACUUAUGCCAUCAUCAGAGCUCUUUUUGAAUGAGAAACAGAGAUUGUGGCCAGUGCAACUAGGAGAAGUGGGACGUCGUUUUGGAAUUACCAAGGGAUGGCGACAGUUCAGAGAAACAAAUGCUGUCCAAGUAGGAGAUACUUAUAAGUUUGAACUCAUUGACAAUGGCACGAUACCUGUAGCGUAUUUUCAUCGUACGAGAGCAAAUGCAUCAUUUCAUCCCGAAGGAAAGGAGCCUAAUUUGGACGCUAAAGAGUUUCAGCCCGAAGUAAUGAAGCAGAUGUACCUGCUUCAACAUUUGCUAAUGCUAACCCUCAAUUUGUUUCUACUAUGAAUCCCUAUUGCAUCCGCAGUCCUUUUCUCGUAAGUAAUUUGGAUUAAAUUUAGUUAAGCCCUUAUUAGCUAAGAUCUUCAGUAGUAGUUCCUCUCUUCUCUUUUUUUUUCUCUUUUUUUUUUUAAAAUCAAGUGGCUUGGUGAAUAGACGUUGUAAGAUGAUUCUCAGAGAUGAGAAACAGAGAUCAUGGUCAAUGCGGCUAACACCAAUGGGAAUCACAUUGCAAUUACCAAGGGAUGGCGACAUUUCAGGGAAGCAAAUGUUGUCCAAGUCGGAGAUACUUAUAAGUUUGAACUCAUCGACAAUGGCACGAUACCUAUAGCAUAUUUCCAUUGUGAUAUGUUUACUUGAUUACUUCCUUUUCUUUCAUUGCGUUCCUCUACUUAUACAUGUUUCAUUUUCUUCUUCUUUGCCACUUAAUUAAGCUAUUAGAAAAUGGUAAAUCUUGUGGAACCACAAACAAAUUCAUCUAUUAUAGUGAUGGCAUCAUACUAUUGUGCCAUAUACUGCAAGUGCUAGUGAGAUUCUUGAAAAUGUUAUGUAACUCUAUUGGAAGGUUCUA